GAUGUAUCUUUUUUUUAUCUCGAAAAUAACAUCACUGCCUCUAUACAGUUAGACUAAUAUUUUACUCAACUGAAACUUUUGUUUCAAAUUUUGUUAUUUAUUUGAUUUCAAAUAAUUUUUUUCUCUUCGUAUUUUUUUUUCUUCCAGUUUUCCAUCUUGUGUUAUAAAAUAUCGACUUGAAGGCUAUCAUGUUGGAGCGUAUUUUUACACGAAAUUGGUUUGAUGAUCUACCACUGAUUACAGUACUUAUCGUUCCUGCCGUAAUAUAUAUCAUUAAACAAUUCUGUAAAGGAGAAGCACUUGAGAAGCCUUUGCCGAGUCCGCCAUGUUCAAAACUUGCUCUUUGUUACUCAUUGAUUAAAGGAGUGAACAAGAGGAAACGUUCCAACACUGAUUUCAUUCUAUGUGGUCUUCUACAAGUUAUUUGUGGAUUGUGCAAAAUAUAUGGAAACGAAGGUAUUUUUCGUAUACAUGUGCAUAUGAAGCCUUUUGUAUUCAUUUUCAAGCCUGAAACCGCAGAGGCAAUUUUGAGUAGUCCAACUGUGAUUGACAAAGCAAACGAAUAUCAAUUCCUGAAACCAUGGCUUGGUACUGGGCUGCUCACCAGAUUCAACUGGAUACCUAUAACAGACGUCACGCAGUAUCUUCUUACAUUUUUAAUACAUUCCAUUUCAGAAACAGCUAUGGGAGUGUCAAUCAACGCACAAGAAGAAGGAUGCAAUGAAUACGUGCAAGCAGUUCAUGAAAUCGGAAACGUAUUUUUAAUCCGCAUUCUUAGGCCAUGGCUUUACUAUGAUUUCAUUUUCAAUCGGACCUCGACUGGGAUGAAGCUUCAUAAAAGUUUGAAGAUAGUUCAUAAUUUUACUAGAAAGGUGAUAAAAGAGAAAAAAGAAGAACUUCUGAGACAAGAUGAGUUAGACAAAAAGAACGAGACGAGUUCUCUGUAUACCAAGAAACGCACAGCUUUCUUGGAACUGUUGCUGAAGUAUCAUUUGAAAGAUCCAUCAUUUACUGAAGAAGAUAUAAGAGAGGAGGUGGACACUUUCAUGUUUGCUGGUCACGAUACAACAGCUAUGACUAUUUCCUUUGCAUUGUGGCUAACCGGAUUAGAUGAAAAUGUGCAACGACUCAUUCAUGAAGAAUUGGACGAUAUAUUUAUGGGUGAUAAUGAGAGGGAAAUUACACGGAAUGAUUUAUCACGCAUGAAAUACUUAGAGUGCGUCAUAAAGGAAACUUUAAGAUUGUAUCCUCCAGCUCCUCUUUUUGGUAGAGAAGCCAAUGAAGCCUUCAAGAUAGGUGAAUACACAAUUGAGAAAGGAACGUUUUGCUUAGUAAUACCCAUGGAACUCCAUCGAGAUACCAAAUCGUUUCCUAAUCCUGAAAAAUUUGAUCCAGAAAGAUUUUUCCCGGAGAAUGUUGUUAACAGACACCCUUAUGCGUUUGUUCCAUUUUCGGCUGGACCAAGAAAUUGCAUAGGUCAAAGAUAUGCCAUAAUGGAAUCAAAGACAGUGCUGGCAAACAUUUUUCGGAAUUUCACCGUCAUCUCUAAAGAUGCUAGAGAUAAAGUCAGAGUGUUGCCUAAUAUCGUCAUUAGUAACAUAGAUCCUUUGAGAUUGUAUUUCUCACCGCGCAACCAAAGGUGAUUUCGAAAUAAAAAUGUAAAUAAAGUAAA